AUGGUCUUCCUGGAGCGCACCAGCAUCUCGGGACCGAACAAUAUUUCCGAUAUGGCAAGCGGCCUCUCCCUCCUUGACUACACCCCGCCCAAAACGGCUACUAUCCCGACCGUUUUAUUGUUUUCUAGCAGGGAUGAUCUGGUCCCAAAAGCAGAAGCCGAGGCGGACCGGUUAUAUGAUUGCUAUGGAUACGACUUUUUUACAGUGUCCAUCGGCUCAAAGCUCAACUUCGGCUCAAUCCCCUCCCAACCCGAAUACCAGUUCCUCCUCGACGGCAGCUUUGCGCCUGGAAAUUUUGUCGAAGUCGCCAAUCAAAUCACGAAAGCCAUGGCAUAUUGCCCGCCAAGUGUUUCGACACGGAGGGCACGAGAUCCGGAACACUGUAAU